AAACACAAAAUGACUCUAUAUAGUAAAAUAUUAUGUUAAAAGUGUCUAAACUCGUCUAUUUCUACGAUUAUAUUAUGUGUUGAAUGUGACGUUAGUGAAUAUUAUGUGUGAUAAAGGUUACAAUACCAGAAUGAAACAUACUUCUGCAUUGUAGAUAUAAACGAUCGCGGAAAAUGGAACACUCCGACUUGGUGGCAGAGAUGGCGCAGGUGGAGCACCUCACUACACAGGAGAGGCUUCAUCUUGCUAGAAGACGCCGCAUGCAACAACUGAAAUUAUGGCAGCAAAGGGAGAAAGAGUGGGCGCGAUCUCGACCGAAGAGAGAGAAGAGUAAUAAACGAAACAUUUUCUUUAAUGAUAGUGUAAUGCUGCUGGAAGCAGCGGCAAGGAAUGACAUCGAUGAAGUGAGAAGAUUAUUAGCAAGAGGUGUGACUCCUGACGCUACAAACGAAGAUGGGUUAACAGCACUACAUCAAUGCUGUAUAGAUAACAACGAAGCCAUGAUGCGACUCCUACUAGACCAUGGAGCAAACGUCAACGCAGAAGACAGCGAAAAAUGGACACCUUUACACGCAGCCGCUACCUGUGGAAACCUUAACCUUGUUAGGAUAUUAAUACAAAGAGGAGCGAACUUAUUAGCUGUUAAUGGAGACGGGAAUAUGCCAUAUGAUAUUUGUGAAGAAGAACGAACGCUGGAUGCAAUAGAAAGUGAAAUGGCAGCUAGAGGUGUUACUCAGAGAUUGAUAGAUGAAACCCGAGCGGCGACAGAAAUGAAAAUGUUGAUGGAUGUCGCGGAACUAGUCAAAGAAGGAAUGGAUUUAGAUGAGCCUAGAGAUAAUCAAGGUGCUACUCUGUUGCACAUAGCGUCUGCGAACGGUUACCUGAAGGUGGUGGAGUUCCUGCUGGAGCACCGCGCCAGCACCGACGUGGUGGACCACGACAUGUGGCAGCCGGUACACGCCGCCGCCUGCUGGGGACAUUUAGAAGUAUUAGAACUACUUGUGCAGUAUGGAGCUGAUCUCAACGUAAGGAACAAGCACGAUGAGACGCCAGCAGAUAUAUGCGAGGAGGGUGAGAUCCGCGGCCGCAUCGCGCGGCUCGCGGCUGAGCAGGAGGAGAUCAGACGUCGCGCUGCGCACUCCGCCGGCGAGCGACUGCGCACCGCCAGGCGCUCCUCCUCCACUGCCAGCACCAGCAGAGUACGAUCAGUGCGACGAACGUCACUGCGAGAAAAGCAAAUGGCGGCCAAAGCUGACGCCAGAGGAGAAGCGAGACUCAGAGAGACAUUUGACUCAGCUGCUGAUGAUGAGCUGCAGGGUCUGUCUAAUGGAGUGGAAAAUGAUCAAAACACUGCCAACCAACUUCCAUCUAGCGAUUUAACGCACAAUCGCCUAUCGAUCAGCUCUACUACAUCCAAUCAGAGUUACGAUUCUGGUAACGUCGAUUAUGCUGUACCCAAGCAUACGUACAACCAACGAAUACCUUACAAACCUAACGAGGAAACAAACGAAAAGUCACACAAUCAAACGAAACCAUCAAAUCCACUAUUCGGUGUAAACGCAGCCGUACAUUAUGCACCUACUCCAGUUAAUAAUCAAGAAACGAAUGAUAAAUACGAUAGAACGUUACCCAACGGUGUAAGAAAAGCCCCCGAAGGUCAGGAUAAUGAAGCCUUCAAAACGGAAGACGCGAUAGAUGGUAGGAAAGAGAUGAUGGUGACGCCCAACCAGAUUGCAAUAACAGACGGCAGCACUGCGACCUACACCACAGACAAUAAUGGUAAAAUUAAUGUUCAUGUCACCGUCAUGAUUAACGCAGGAACGUUAGCAGAUUUGAAGAAGCAACGAGCCCAAAUAAGAACUAACGGUAGUCCGGUAGAGAACAGUUUGAAUUCAACGACCAAUCAUAGUAUGAACUCGUUACCUGAAGGUGUUACAAAGCAAGAGGGGUCAAGUCAUGUAGUCCAGUCCCCCAGCAUCACUGUGCCGAGGUUCUCAGGGAACACCAGUGAAGUUGUAGGUGAUACGAAGUCGCAUAGGUGUUGUAUAAUAAUGUAGCGUACUGGACAAACUACCUUCAACUAGACUAGAUGGUUAUGUGUACAAGUCUGAAUUGCAUUCCAAAAAGUAUUUUUAAAUUAGCCACAACCAUUUAUAGUCUGUUUUAAAUAUUUUAUGUAUGGGAG